UGUUAAUGUUUUUAAGAUUACAAUGUUAAAUUCUCAUUGUUUGUUUCCCUCACUAAAUAUGGCUAAAAUUUUUCACUUAACGUUACUAAUUUGUUUCGGACAAACGUUUUAUUCACCGCACUUAUUCAUUGUCCUUAUUUGCCUUAAAAAAAUUUCUGCUUUAAAUAGUAUGGGUAAUGGAUCCCUCGUAUUCCUUCUAGAACACAUAAAUCACUUCACUCCUAAUCGCAAUCAAUUGUUAAAGAAACAUAAUUGGAUAGCGUCGUUUCCGUUUGUCACUUACUCGACGGACACAUCUAAUUAAAAAACAGCUCUUUCUCUCAAUCUCAUUCCUCAAAUUCCCCCACACAGUUAAGCCGUUUCCAGAUUCGAAUUCAACGAUCUCUUUUUUGUUUACCAUUUCCGGAAGUCGGAUUCGAAAAAAUGGGGUUUCUCUUCCAUGCCAUCAAGAUCAUGAUACCGAGCGCCAUCGCCGGAGGGCCGGUCUUCUUGUUCGUCGGUUUAUGGGCCCACCUGAAAUUAUUGCUCAUCGGAGCACUCACUCGUCUGGGCCUCUACAAACCUCCACCCGAAGAUGACCACGAUUCCUCCGGCGACAAUUCCAACGGCUACAUCUUCAUUCUCGACGGCACCCUCAGCCCGUCGCCGGUCCCGAUCCCAAUCCGGGUCGUCACCGCGGCGAUCAAGAACCGGGUCCCCGUCGUCAAGUUCGGGGAUCUUCCGGCGGAGAAAUACGAGGUGGUUCGGUCGGAGAAUACGUGUUGUUCGGUGUGUUUUGAAGCGAUUGGAACGGGAGAUGAGGUGCGGGAGCUGAGCAGGUGCGACCAUGUAUUUCACAGGGAGUGUCUGGAUACCUGGAUUGAUUCGGGUCGGAUCACUUGCCCCUUGUGUCGAUCUAUGCUGCUUCCUCCCAAGACCCAUUUGUACAGAUACGCCGCCCCCGCCGCCGUGGAUCCGCCGCAAACACGAGCUGAUGUUACUCCCUCCGUUGCGGGUUGACUUUUUUUUUUUAGUAUUUACGUCCCUGUAUUUAUGGUAAAAUUUCACUUCCGAUUGGGACUGGUCACUGAAGAUUUGAUUUUGCAAUUAGUAGAAAUUCGAAUGGCUGCAGGGCCUGAUUUUUACUUUGCUUUCUCCGGAUUAAGCAUGAGCUUUAACAUGGUGACCAUUUUAAGGGUAGCUUUUUUCAUUUCACACUUAUAAUUCUACCGCCUCACUUGCAUAGCCCAAUUUGUUGUUAUACAGUAAAACCUCCCAAAAUUAAUUCUCUACAAAUUAAUAACCUCUAUUAAGUGAUUUUUUUCCCGG